AUGGAUUAAUAAUAUUACAGAUCCAAGAUAACUGUGCAAGAUUUGACAGGGGAGACCAUACUUUUUGAGAAAUCUACAGAAGAGCAAGCAAUAAAUAGAAAAAAGAUUGUCAAUAGCUUUCUACAUAGAAAGAUUGAAUUAAAACCUAAAAAUCAUCAUCUAAUCUACACAUUAAAUGACAAACAACUGGAUCGGCAAUCUAAAGAAAGAUAUUAAGUGAGCAUAUUUGGUGAAAGCUAAUUCAAAUAAACUAUGACUUAAUUGCUAGCAACAUUUUUAAUGGCAUCUACUUAAACAACUGCAACUCUGAUCAUCAAUCUCUUGAACUAUAUUGAGUUUCUACCUAAUGUUCAUAAUAAUCUAAUUGAAGAGAUAAAUUUAUUCAGAAACCACAAUAAAAUUGUCAAAACUAUUAAUCUUUAUGUGUGCAUUUAAGUCCUGAUAGAAGCAAUCCUCGAUCAAUAGACUGGAUAUAAAAUAGACAAUGAUAUUCCUAUAUUAGUACACUUUACAUUACUUCAUAAAAAUCCAAAAGAAUGGCAAGAGCCUGAUAAGUUUAUUCCAGAAAGAUUCGAUCCUGAAAGUCCAUAUUUUUUGACUCCUGAUGGUAAAAAAGAAAGCUUGGGGAGAGAGAUGGUGUAGGAAUUCAGCUGUGGCCUGAUGGAUCUAAGACGUUUAAGUAUAAAAUUUAAUUUAUAAAACGAAAUAGCUUAAUUAAUGGGAAAUUAUUGCUGCAGCUACAGUGGUCAAUACAAUAGAGAGGCCAAUAAUCACAUUAAGUACAAGCAUCUAUCCACGCUUAUCAAGAUCUAAUCAGCAAUGAGGAGAUACCUUGCGAAAAAAAGACUAAAGCAAACCAGAGACUAGAAGAUCAGAAAUUUAUUCAGCGAUGAAAAAGGAAAGAAUAAAUCCAAUUCAUACUUAUAUUCGAGGAACAGUGUGCAGAAUCUUUAAGAUAGUUUGGAGUAGUCAGGAAUUAUAGUAUCAUGGAUACAAAAACUAGGAGAAUUUAAGUUGAAUCCUGAAGAAUAUGAUGCUUAGGAUGGUGUAGAAAGAGUCUACAUAGAUUAAUACAAGGAUGUGGGUGAUGGCAAAUUAUAUAAGGGAUAGUGGAACAAAAAGCUUGGGGAGAGAGAUGGUGUAGGGAUUCAGCUGUGGCCUGAUGGAUCUAAGUAUGAAGGCAUGUGGAGAAAAAAUAAAGCGAAUGGAAGAGGCAGGAUGACUCAUAGGAAUGGAGAUUUAUACGAUGGAAAUUGGAGCGAUGAUAAAGCAAAUGGCUUUGGAAUAUUUAUUGACUCAAAUAAUGCUAAGUAUGAAGGAUAAUGGCAAAAUGACUUGUAGCAUGGCUAAGGCAUAGAAACAUGGGGAGAUCCCUAAAACAUAAAAGCUGCAUACACAGGAGAAUUUUAUAAGGGAAAAAAGAAUGGUAAGGGUAGAUUUGAUUGGGAAGAUGGAUCAUACUAUGAGGGAGGUUUUGUAGAUGGACAUUUCUCUGGUUUUGGCAGAUACUACUUUGCAGAUCUAGAUAAGUAUUAUGAAGGUGAAUUCAGAAUGAGUAAUAUGGAGGGCAAAGGCAUGGAAACAUGGGGAGAUGGUAGGAAAUACGAAGGAGAUUUUAAGAAUGGUAAGAAAGAUGGAGAAGGUACAUUUGACUGGCCUAAUGGCAUUAAAUACAUAGGCAGUUGGCGAAACGGGCUUUAGCAUGGGAUAGGAAUAAUCUACACUUCAUAAGACGGAAUGAAAAAGCAAGGUGAAUGGUAAAAUGGCAAAAGAAUACGCUGGAUUUCUGGACUUGAGCUACUAUCUCAGCCUAAUUCUCCUCCCAAAUCAUCAAAAGCUAGUUCUCCUAAUAAGAGUUUAAGAAUCAGAUGA